AUGUCAUUGGAUUUAAUUGAUAACGAAGAAGAACAAGUCACCAUUGAAAAUGAAUGGUUAAAAUCAUGUUAUAGUAAUGAAACAGAAAUCAAAGAAUUAUUAUUAAAUAUUAAAAAAGAUAAAUUAGAUAUAAAUAAAAUGAUCGAUAAUAAUGGAACUAGUUUAUUACAUAUUUGUGCCUUAUGUGGCUAUAAUAAAUUAUUAUCGUAUAUGUUAAAUGAAUUUAAUAAUUAUUUUAAUAUUAAUGUAAAUAUAAUUGAUAAAUAUGGACAUACACCAUUACAUUGGGCAUGUAUAGAAAAUAAUAUUGAAUGUUUAAAUAUAUUAAUUAAACAUAAUAAUAUUAAUUUAAAUAUGAGAAAUUUUGAUGGAUUAUUUAUAAUUAAUCAUCAAACACCCAUAUAUUUAAUUGGUGGUCAAACAUGUUUACAUUUUGCUUGUGAAUAUGGUCAUAUUGAAUGUGUUUCAUUAUUAUUACAAAAAAUGGAAAUGAAAUCAAUAAUGAUUGAAGAUUUUAAUGGUUAUACACCUUUAGAUUUAGCAAUUAUGAAUUCAACACGUAAUGAUAAAUGUUAUGAAAUUGUUAAAUUAUUGAAUCAAUUUAAUGUGAAUGAAAAUAUUGCUGAUAAAAAUAUACAAAUAUCGAAUCAAAAUAAUUAUUUUAUUCAAUUUUGUAAAGAUAAAUUAAAAGUUCAAAAACGUAUUGCAAAUAAAAUGAAAGAUACUUUACCAAAUAUGCAUGGAAAUUGUUGUCAUACAUGUCGAAAAUUUUAUCAAAUAUCUCUUGAUGAUAUGAACGAAAAAUGA